CGCUAAAGCUCAGAGCGGUGAUUGGAAGCUGCUCAGAUUGCACGCAUGCGCACCAGCAUGGGCGAGCGGCAGCGUGUAAUGCGCAUGUGCGCACUGUGACCACCACGUUGUGACUCACCGAGACAGCUGCAUUAGAUAGAGAUUAGAGAGCUUUCUGCUGCUGCGGAUAUGGGGGAACAACGUUUUGCUCGGGGUGCUUUCCUGUGGGGGCUGAGCGGCAUCUACCUAUGUGCAUUCCUUUCCCUGUACACGCAAAUACCAGGACUUUAUGGCCGUGAUGGAAUCUUGCCGGCCUGGAAGAUGCUCCGAUUCACUGGUAAAAGUUUCUGGGAGCAACUGAAGGACUCCCCUACAUUGCUCUGGUUAGGCCCUCCUCUGGGGCUGGACACUGAGCAGGGCAUGGAACUGAUUUGCUUACUCGGAGCUCUCCUUUCCUUGGGGGCACUGGUUUUUAACUGCUUUCGUGACAGCUUAGUUUUCCUUCUGCUCUGGAUCCUCUACCUGUCCCUGUAUCAGGUUGGACAGGUGUUCCUUUAUUUCCAGUGGGAUAGUCUUUUACUAGAAGCUGGCUUUCUGGCAGUGCUGGUAGCACCACUACAUGCAUUCCGCUCAAAGACCAAUGUGUGGGGUCCUCAUGAUGGCAUCACGUUCUGGCUGAUUCGGUGGCUGCUGUUUAGGCUUAUGUUUGCAUCCGGAGUUGUGAAACUAACCAGCCGAUGCCCCACAUGGUGGGGGCUCACAGCUCUAACUUACCACUAUGAGACCCAGUGUAUUCCAACUCCAGCUGCCUGGUAUGCUCAUCAGCUCCCUGUGUGGUUCCAGAAGCUGUCAGUGGUGGCUACCUAUGUGAUUGAAAUUGGGGUACCAUGGCUUUUCUUCCUUCCUUCACGGAGACUGUCUCUUUUCUCAUUUUAUGUUCAGGUUCUGCUGCAGGUUCUCAUCAUACUCACUGGGAAUUACAACUUCUUUAACCUGCUGACCUUGGUUCUCUGCUUUUCUCUGUUGGAUGACCAUAAUGUAAGACCUGACCAGAAGGGAAAGAAAGCUCAGAAAGGUAGUAUAUUCUCCAUAAAAUCUUUGGUUGUGCUCCUGGAUCUCCUUGUUUUUGCAUUACUUGUUUUCUGGACUGUAAAGUACUUUGAUCUUCACAUCAAUUGGCAAAGGUAUCAUGUGGAAACGAGAACAGCAUUUACGUACCAUGACUUUCUGCAGUGGCUCCGUACUCUCACAUUUCCAUCUAUUUGGAUAGCUGUGGCUUCUCUAGGUUGGGAGAUUCUCAAAGGAAUGUACAGGUGUGCAGUGGGGCAUAGUGUUCUCUGGAAACUGUGGGCAACAGUGCAGUGGAUUAUAUUCUCCUUUGCUGCAGUCGGGAUGUUUGCGGUCAGCUUGGUACCCUAUACAUAUAUAGACUUUGAGACUACUGGUCAGCUAUGGCCCUCUGUGCAUCAGAUGUUUAAAUCAGUGGAUAAAUACCAGGUGGCAAACUCUUACGGUUUAUUUCGAAGAAUGACUGGUGUUGGAGGUCGGCCAGAGGUUGUGUUAGAAGGAAGUUAUGACAAUGAAACAUGGACGGAGAUAGAGUUCAUGUACAAGCCAGGAAAUGUGAGCACAGCUCCUCCAAUAGUCACACCUCACCAACCACGCCUGGAUUGGCAGAUGUGGUUUGCAGCCCUAGGGCCACAUUCGCAGAGUCCUUGGUUUACUAGCUUUGUAUAUCGACUUCUACAGGGGAAUAAAGAUGUGGUGCGACUGGUACAGAAUGAAGAGUCCGUGUAUCCUUUUCACUCGCACCCGCCUCAUUAUAUAAGAGCUCAGCUGUACAGAUACUGGUUUACAGAGACUGAUCAAACAGGACACACAUCUAGCAAUUGGUGGCGCCGGCGUCAUGUUGAAGAAUUCUACCCUGUGGUAUUCAUAGGAGACCAUACAUUGGAGUCCCUUCUAAACCAGCAUGGGUUCAAGGACAAGCCACCUACUCGUAGGUCACCAGAUGCUCCCUUCCCAUCUGCAUUAAGACUUAUUCGAGAUUUCCUGCAACUCUACCCUGCACCCUUGCUUCUGCACUCACUCAUCAUUACUGUAGUUGUCCUGUAUUCCCUGCAAGCUUUAUUUGGGAGAGGAAGCAAGUCAGGUGUUUCCAAGCAGCGUGGCCACAGUAAGCCACAAGGUGAUAAGAAAAAGCAGAAAGUGAACAGUGGACAGGGGUCUUCUGCGGCUUCUGGGUCUGGAGGGGAUGCUGCGCACAUCAGCAAGAGGCGCGAGAAGAGUUAAUGAUGGACCAAGGACUCAUGAACAACAUUUCACCUAGCACUACCCGUCCAUAAAUCUAGGGUUCGGUCUUUCAGCAACUCAAUAUAACAUUUAUAUACUGGUGGGGCUUCACUAUUUUCAGUAUACUCUCUGCUGUUAGCAUUUAAUCCCUAUCAGAUCUCUUGCAACAGAUAGAUCCAUAACCACUGCAGUUGUAUUUUUUUUUAAAUAUAGUUAAAAACAACAUAAAAAGUGAGAGAUAAAUACACACACACACACACACCUCAAGCAUGAAUAAGUAAAUACCUUGGGUUACUUCAACAUAAUUCAUACAAUACUCUGAACUGGGAGAUAUACAUACAUAUAUACCACUGAUUUGUAGAUUCCAAACCAUUUCUGUUAGUUCAUGUGCCAUAUUGAGUGUUUAUGCUAUUUAGCACACAGUAGGUUGGUCCUGUGGGGCUAAUUUAGUAUUCUCUGGUAUGUAAUUCAGCCUCCUACUUGUAAUAACGUAUUGCUGACUGUCCUCUGCAUUCAUUUGCCACAAAUACAUUAUUGCAAAUAGUGAGAGCUAGUUUUUUAUUUUGUAUAAUUUUUAGAAUGAGAAACCACCAAAACCCAAAAGUGCCUUGUUACUUUAUACUUGUCAGUCUUCUCCAAAGCCAUAAGUGCCUUUUAUUCCUGUUGUGUGUAAGUUAGAGACCAGCUGCAUGGCUAAGAAAAACAUUCAUAGUACGUGGCUAACUUUAUUAGUGUCUGCAAACCUGCUGUUUAGGGUAUGACCUAUAUACAGUAUAAAAUGUGCUUGGGUAUCUAUAGUGUUUUAUUUUGUGUGUGUGUGUGGGGUUGUUAAUUUGUUUGAUAUUUCUUUACUGAAAUGUGUGUCCUUUUGCCACAAACGCAAGCACUGCCUGUACAAAAUCAAACUAGAUUACACAUCAUCCCAAGCAAUUCAUGCUAAAAAUCAACAUCUUUACACUUUAUGCUUAUUUUUAAGGUACACCUUAAUCUCUUCUUGGACAGGACACAUCUUAAUGUAAUAAUGUUUGCCAAUUUUGGUAAGUGUUGGGGCAUUGCUAAGUAACAGAUGAUCAGUCAAUAUUAGCCAAUCAUUUCUUAAAAUAAAGAUUGGUUCUUCCUUGUAAUGAUAAAAUAAACCAAACUGACUUUUAAUCAGUCUAUCAAGCGUAACUGGUGCUGCUGAGCGGGGAGCUAUAUUAGGUCUGAAAUCAUGUAAGAUGUAGAUCCAUAGUGCUACCUAGACCGACUAUAGGAGAGAGAUCUGUUUAUGUACUUGUGAUUUAUGGUAAAUGCAGAACUGUGUUUUUGUUUCUGGCUUUGCACAUCUGCACCACCUCAAAAGCAACAAGCUGAGCAUCUUUUGCGAUACAACUAGCAAACAUUGGGGCAGAUGUUGAGGACUUCCUGCGUUGCGAAGCAUUACUGAUGAGAUGUAUAAACUUGUCGUUUGCUUGAGCGGGGGAGUGGAACCCCCAGCACCAGCGAUCCCUGUUGACUGCACAGCGCUGUGCCACCUUGCUCGGCUGGCUCCAGUGCGCAUGCGUGAGAUUUCACUACUAUACCAAGAUAUCACAUGCAGCCUGGUGCUGGCAGCAGCCAGGUGAUAUUGGCACGGUCACCUUGCACACACUGCCACAAUAAUACAUGGAAGGAUGGGUAUCAGUGGACAUAACGUGCACUAAUACCACUCUAUCUCCCAUAGUGCCCCUUUAAACAUCUACCCCAUAGUAUCAGAUUUUUACAGUGGGGUUUCACCUGGUAUGUUUUAAGUCUUCAUGGAGCAAACGUGCCCUCAUAUAAAUUUCAAACCUGUUGCUUCUGUAUUUUAUGUUCAGAAUGUGUGUUAGGAAGAAACUCUUGUCCUAUUGGAUUUUAUGCAUAUUGUGAUAAUGAUUUUGUAUUUUCUAAUAAAGCUGCAUUUGCAUA